AUGAGUAAACGAAAAGCGAAAAGUAAAGAUGACAGCCAAGAUGGAAGCACGAAUUUAGAAGACACAAUUGAGGCGGGCACGCUAUACGAAAGUCAAGGGCAUGAAAGAAACGAGAUGAAUAGACAAAUAGACACACAGACAAAAGCAUAUGUGGACACAAUAAUCCAGGCAACAACAACAUCAAUAAUGGAAAACAUGUGGCAAUAUAUGGACCAACAAUUGGAAAUUCAGAGAGAAUGGAGUUCGAGAUGCAUAGAGACAAUUAAUCAGCGUUUUGCGAUGUUAGAACAGACUAAUUUGAUAGGUAGUGGAAAUAACAACAAUCGGCCCAUAAUUAAUAGCUUAAUCGUAAGAAUCAAUCCAGAAAAUACCCAUUUGGGAGUGGCAGAGUUUGAUGAAGUCAAAUCAGUGAAAUACAAACUUACUAGCAGAAAAUUCCCUGCAUUGAGCUAUGUGUCAUUAAAACCAUUGUCAGAUGUACAAGGAAUAACCAAUAAAGAGGCCACUACAACUGAGCAAAUUUGCAGAUGGUGGAAGCUACUCGCAUUCAGCUCAUUUAUAAACCUUCAAGAUUUUGUGUACAAGAAUAUUGUUGAUUAUGUAAAGUAUGAAGGUGAGGAAGCAGUAUUGCAAACAUCUGAAAGUGGAUCAAUAUCAAUAAAGAAAUGUACACAUAAUACAGCAUUCAGAGAUAUAUCCGAGUGGUUAAUGGUUUUCAAAGCAUAUAUGGAAGCAGUACUAAUAUUAUAUGAGAAUCGUGAGCAAGAAUUGAAUACAUAUAGAGAUCACAUUAAUGAAUUAUGCAUGAAAUAUGAAUUUACAGCUGUAAUGAGGUACGAUGAAGAUCGAUGA